AAGUGUUAGUAUUUCAACGGUUGUCAAACUUGCCGCUUACGUGUCGUCACCCGAAAACGCGUGAUUCUGUGACGUUGUCACGCAAAUGAUAUCAUUCGAUAUAAAUAACAUAAUAAAAAUUUCUUGCAAUCUGUGCAAUUGCAAUGGUGUAGUUUCAUAGUAAACUCAUGAAUAUGCAACAGAACGUAUUAGUGAUAUCAGUAGACUGCGCAAACAUACGAUUCACUGUGUAGGCAAAGUGUCCUUUUAAGGUUAUGCCACAGUUGUUGAGAGGUUAAAAUAUUUUUAAGAGAAGAAAUUCGUGUCAAUGCGAGUGACAAUUGGCACAAGCUCAAAUUUUUACGAUCAUGGUCGACGAAGAUAUCAUUGCGAACGCAUCGCCGUACGAUUAUCACGCAGUGAAUGCGGAGAAUGCUCAGAACACCUCUAGAGAGAAACGAAUACAAGACACAAUGUUUUCGGACGUUAGAUCAGUCAGUAAAAAAGACUGGAUAACAGUAUUGUGUUUGUGUUUUGUCAACCUCAUCAAUUAUAUGGAUCGUUUCACGAUCGCUGGAGUGUUGACAAACAUAAAGCAUGACUUUGGUAUUCGCAAUGAUUUGUCUGGAUUUUUACAGACUGCAUUUAUCUUAAGUUACAUGAUAUUUGCACCAAUGUUUGGGUAUUUAGGGGAUCGUUACAACAGGAAAGUUAUAAUGAGCGCUGGUGUAUUUUUGUGGUGUUUAACUACAUUUGUUGGCUCUUAUAUGAAGUCAUUUGGAUGGUUUCUCUUCUUCAGGGCUCUUGUUGGAGUAGGUGAAGCCAGUUACUCCACAAUUGCUCCAACAAUAAUAAGCGACUUAUUUGUUAAAGAUUUGCGCUCUAAAAUGCUUGCAUUGUUUUACUUUGCGAUACCUGUUGGAAGUGGAUUAGGGUAUAUAAUAGGUGGUGAAACAGCAAAAGCUACCGGUGCAUGGCAAUGGGGUUUACGUAUCACACCAGCUUUAGGUAUCAUAGCAAUUAUUUUACUCCUUGUGAUAGUAAGAGAUCCAAUCAGGGGGGAAAGAGAAGGUGGAGUUCAUUUGACAAGUACCGCAUGGUCAAGUGACAUCAAAGCAUUAUUAAGAAACCCAAGUUUUAUGUUCUCUACUGCUGGAUUUACAUGUGUAGCUUUUGUUGCUGGAGCACUAGCUUGGUGGGCACCAACAUUUUUACAGUUGGGAUUUGCAUUACAUCCUAAUGCACAUGAUGCUGAUCCUGAUGAUGUUGCAUACAAAUUUGGACUAAUAGGAAUGGCAGCUGGUUUAAUAGGAGUACCAUUAGGUUCACUUCUAGCUCAAAAACUAAGAGUAAAUUAUCAACAGGCUGAUCCUUUAAUAUGUGCUGUUGGACUUCUCAUUAGUGUACCAUUACUGUUCUUUGCAACUUUAACUGCCAAUACAAAUUCUGUCAUAUGUUAUACAUUAGUAUUCUUUGGACAAUUAUCAUUAAAUUUAAAUUGGUCUAUUGUCGCCGACAUCUUAUUGUAUGUAGUGAUUCCAACAAGAAGAUCUACAGCAGAAGCUUUCCAGAUACUCAUUGCCCAUGCUUUAGGAGAUGCAGGAAGCCCCUAUCUUAUUGGUCUGUUGUCAGAAGGACUGAAAACAGUUCUUCUUCCAGACACGGACAUAAAACCUACGACACACGAUGAUCAGCUUAUCGAGUUCCGAAGUUUACAAUAUGCAUUGUUUCUGACUAUGUUCGUAGAGGUCAUUGGAAGUCUAUUUUUCUUCCUCACGGCAUUGUAUAUACAGAAGGAUAAAGCACUAGUAGAUCUUACAAUCGCGGGUGGAAGUAUUUCAGACUCAAUGUACAUAUGUAACAACGAAGUUGAAAAUGAAUUACAAGAUGACAUGCACAAACCAUAAUGAGAAUAUUAGAAAUGUUUAAUUAUGAGCGAAGUGUGUAUAAUAGUGUUGUGCAGCUAUUGUGGCAACAAAUAUUAUCUGAUCGAGAAAAGAAUAUAUUCGGUUCAGAACAAGUAAAUAUUAUAUUAAUAAUAUCAAUGAAGAAAUCAAGUGUUCUGUAUGCAGAACCUCUUAUACUGGAAAAACUCAGAAAAACUUUGUUAAUUAGUAACAUCCUCAACGAGGUAUUCUGUUAAUAAUGUACAGAAGUAUUAAGCUUGGUGAUGUAUCUAUUUAACUACAUUAAAACUAGAGUUCAUAGGUGUGAGUAUUACGGCACUUUUCAUAUUAUAUUUUUAUAAUAGGUUUCUUUCAUAGUACUUAUGGUAGUACAUAAAAUAAAUAUUUAUCAAAUACAUUUUGUAGUGGUAUUAACAUUUUGUUAUUGGAUAUUUAUAAGAUUCAUGACUAUAUCUUUAUUGAUAGCUUUGUAAUGUACGUGCCUUGUGUAUUAAAUGAUACCAUGUAACAUUUUUAUUCGUUGAUACAUCACAAAAAAAUGCACAUAUAUGUUUAAAAAAGUUGAUAAUAAAAUUAGUUUUCUAUUUAAAAGAAUUUUAUAUGUAAGACAAAACAAAGCCUUUAAAUCAUUACAAAAUGAUGCUUAAUAUAAAAUGUAAAGUAUUAUUGAUUUUUUUUUUACGAAU